AUGCAUCUCUCCACGCUCAUCGUCACUUCCCUCACCGCAGCGGGCUCCGCCUCUGCUUUCCACUGGGGAACCAGCGCUCCUCCCGCGGGUUUCGGCGCCGCCGCCGCUGCUACCGACGCUGUCGCUCCUGCUCCUGCUGGCUUCUCCGGUCCUCCUCCUUCCGGUCCUCCUCCUUCCGGUCCUCCUCCUGCUCCUGCUCCCGGUGCUCCCGCCGGAGGAGCCAGACGUCCAGCACAGGCUGCUGCUGCUGCUAUUGAUGCUUCCGAGGAAGAUGGUGUCGUUGCCGUGACCGACAUUGCCGAUGAGGGCGACGAUGCCGAUGCCGUCACCAUCACUGCCGAAGACGAAUCCGACUGUGAAGAGAAAGGAGAGGAAUCUGAUGAUGAGGGUGAUGGUGUCGCUCCAGUUGUUGCUUCCAGCACCACCAUCGAUUGCCCCAUCCCCACGAACUUUAUCUGGAAUGGCGCGCCUAUCGUGGUGACGGCUUCGACGGUUCUUACUCUUCCUUGCACGACAGAUGCUGCUGGUGCUACUGAUGCUGCUGGUGCUACUACCGCCGUGGCCACGGCUACUGCUACGGAAGUCGUCAUCCCAGUCACUCACGCUGAGCCUACCUGGACCAAGGCCCUUGCUCAGCCUAGUGCUCCUGUGACUGCUGGUGCGGCUCGUGGCUAUCCCGCCGCUGCCGCUAUACUGGCGGUGUUUGCUGCGUUCUUGGGGUUUAACUAG